GGGUGCGCGUUGCAUUGUGGGUAGGUCAGAGAGAAAAGUGGAGAACGGCAUGUGCCGCGUGAGUGUCAGACUAAUAGACUGAUAGGGAGGUAAAAACGGACCCGGGAACCCAGAACCAAGAAAUAUUGCAUACCCGAAAUUACAGACAUGUACUGCACCCGACACUGCAUUCGGACCGUGCUACGCAUCGCAGCACAGACGCAACGGCGGGCCACGAGGACCCCCUUGCUGUGCGGUCUGAGAGCGUUGAAGACCAGCUCCGCCUGCCUGUCCGAUGCAAUCGCUGCCCCCCAGUUUGACGGAGCACCAAAGAGCUACUCCCCCAAAAUCCAGCAGCUGGUCAACGACAUCGCCGGCCUCACGCUGCUGGAGGUGUCUGACCUCAACGAGCUGCUGAAGAAAACCCUGAAUAUCCAGGAUGUGGGUGUGAUGCCCAUGGGAGCCGUGGCAGCAGCGGCCGCACCUGCAGCCCCGGCCGCAGAGGCAGAGGAAGUCCCGGUGAAGAAGGCGCAGACCCACUUCACAGUGAAGCUGACAGAGCUGAACCCCACAGAUAAAGUCAAACUCAUCAAGGAAGUGAAGAACUGCAUACAGGGCCUCAACCUCGUACAGGCGAAGAAGCUGGUGGAGGCCCUGCCACAGGAGAUCCGGGCGAACGUGUCCAAAGACGAGGCGGAGAAGCUGAAGGCCGCGUUAGAGGCAGCAGGGGGCACUGUGGUGCUGGAGUGAACCCCGCCCUCAUGCCCUUCGUCCAAUUAUAUCCUCUUGUCUUUUUUUUUGUUUUUUUCCCCUGCAUCAUUUUUUUUAUACACAGUGGAAUAUGUCACGUAAUUGGAAGAAAAUUGUCCUGUAGUGCCACUAUAUCAAGAGGGCUCUGAGUGGAAGGAACGGGGCAGGGGGCGGGCUCUCGACCUCAGACUGAACUCGCAUUGGCGUAGAGCCUGACCGGCCCGUCACUGUAGCUCCGCCCAUCUAUCUGUCACCAUGUUUAAGAGCUGCGGUCGCCCGGCUCGAAGCGCGGCCGGCUGAUUGGCUGUCUGUCCUGUCUGUCAGUUUCUCUGUCUCAGUCCGGUUAUGAGGGAGACGGUUACGGCUACCUUUGCCUGUGGUGAAAUAAACAUUUGACUCCAGGAAGAGCUCAAACAUUACCUGAAAAUGGAAGGGGGGUCAUUGUCCUAUCAUGUCAUGUAAUGCUUCAUCAAGGAGAAGGCUUCCACUUUUCGUGGGAGAAAGAUUCAUUGCAUUUAGGAAAAUAAAAUAAAAAAUGCCACGAUUGUUGAAGAAA